AAUGAGUAUGGAAAAAGCCCUGUGUUAGCGACAGUGCCGGUUGCCUCGGUGCUUCGUAUGUUGGCGCAGGUACCGGGUUUUUUUUUUCCAGCGUAGUGUACGAUAUAUCGUAGUUGAUCCCUCGACGUCUGUAAAACGGAGUGAACAGCAUUUUGCAGGACGAUGACAACAUUAGCGCAGACCAAGGAGACGUUCCGCCUGGCCGAGGCGGUGUGCUUUGAUGUGGACAGCACUGUGAUCCGGGAGGAGGGCAUCGAUGAGCUCGCCAAGUUCUGCGGCGUUGGAGACGCUGUCACUGAAAUGACUCGGAAGGCCAUGGGAGGAUCAGUAACAUUCAAAACGGCUCUGACGGAGCGCCUGUCCAUUAUCAAGUGUUCACGGGAGCAAGUUAACAAACUGAUAACGGACCAUCCUCCUCAGCUGACUCCAGGUAUUAAGGAACUUGUGGAGAGGCUACAUCAGCGCAAUGUGAAGGUCUUCCUGAUUUCUGGAGGGUUUCGCUGCAUUGUGGAGCAUGUAGCCACUCAGCUUGGCAUUCCUCUCGAUCAUGUCUAUGCCAACCGCUUGAAAUUUUACUUCAAUGGAGAGUACGCAGGGUUUGAUGAGACUCAGCCCACAGCGGAAUCAGGAGGCAAAGGUAAAGUGAUAAGUCUGCUAAAGGAGAAAUACGGCUUCAAAACAAUAGUGAUGAUUGGAGAUGGAGCCACUGACUUAGAAGCCUGCCCUCCUGCUAGCGCGUUCAUUGGAUUCGGUGGCAACGUGGCGCGGCAGCAAGUCAAAGAGAAGUCGUCUUGGUACGUGACGAGCUUCGGGGAGCUGAUAAAAGAGCUGGAGAAGAUUUAGGGUUUCGCCGACGUGCCGCCUCACCGUUGCCUCGCUCGUGUGCCUUUGUGCUGCCUUUACAUAUUGCACAAUUUUACUGACUUGCACAGAUUUCUAAUUUUAAUGUUUUGAAUUUUAACAUUCCAUCAUAUGAAGCUUUUUAAUACACUACAGUGUUUACAAGGUGUAGCAGACGUGUUUAAAUGUUAAUCUAGUCAAAAACUGAUCAAACCUAUCGGGUAGUUCUAAUUUCUUUUGAUCGUGAUUAGAGCGUUUUUAUGACGGUGAUGCUUUACUAGAUCUUAAAAUUAUUGUUUUUUUUUUUUUACAAUAUAUGCAAUGUCUGUAUCUUUUAAAGGAG